AUGAAGAUCAAAACUGAACUCCACGAGUACGCUCAACGCCGUGGUACUACAGGGCCAUACGCCGACAAUCUCGAUGUCGAUGCUCUUGUUGUAGGCGGCGGAUUCGGGGGCAUCUACUGCUGGUAUGAGUUGAAGAAGGCCGGUUUCGACACCGUCAUCUAUGAAGCAGGCAAUGACCUUGGUGGCACUUGGAGAUGGAACUGCUACCCAGGAGCUGGUGUGGACUCUGAAAUCCCAGAGUAUCAGCUCUCCAUCCCAGAGACUUACAGGGACUGGGUGUGGCCCAACAACUAUCCUGACUACAAAGACUUGCGUGCAUACUUUGAUCACUGCGACAAGGUCCUCGGCAUCAAGAAGGAGACCGCCUUCAAUAGCGUCGUGGUUGAUGCACAGUUCAACACCCAGGAAGGCAAGUGGACUAUCAAAACCGCUGAUGGUCGUACGGCUAAGGCCAAGUACUUCGUGGUCGCAGCUGGCUUCGCUGCCAAGCGCUACAUUCCAGACGAGUUCGUGGGAAUUGAUGACUUCCAAGGCAUCGUGCACCACUCUUCUUUCUGGCCUGACAUGAACAUCGAUGUUCAUGGCAAGAAGUGUGCCGUUAUUGGUACGGGUGCAUCAGGUGUACAAAUCACGCAGGCAUGGGGUCCCAUUGCAGGCGAGCUCAAGGUUUUCCAACGCACACCCAACCUAGCUGUUCCUAUGCAAAAGAGAAACCUUACUGCCAAAGAACAGAAUGACACCAAGCCCUUCUACCCCGAGCUCUUCCGUUAUCGGGAGAGGAACUUUGGUGGAUUCUUGUACGGCCUCUCCGAGAAGGGCACGUUUGAAGACACUGAAGAAGAGCGGGAGCAGUUUUACCAGAAACUCUGGAACGAUGGUGGUUUCCGCUUCUGGCUAGCUAACUACAAGGACUACCUCUUCGACAUGAAAGCUAACAGAAAGGCUUACGACUUCUGGGCUAAGAACGUACGCACCCGCAUUGGCGACCCCAGACUUCGGGACCUCCUCGCCCCACUCGAGCCACCCCACCCCUUCGGCGUCAAGCGCCCCUGCCUCGAGCAAACCUACUACGAGCAAUUUAAUCGACCCAACGUAGACGUUGUUGACAUCAAGAACAACCCAAUUAUCGGCUUCACUCCCAAAGGCAUCAAGCUGCAAGACGGCACAGUUCACGAAUUCGACGUCGUCGUCAUCGCCACUGGUUUCGACAUCACCACUGGCGGCAUGACUUCCAUGGGCCUCAAGGACAUCAACGGCGUCACGUUGCAAUCCCAAUGGAAGAAGGCGGCAUAUACGUACCUCGGUACUACUAUCGCAGGAUACCCGAACAUGUUUCAUCUCUAUGGUCCGCAUGGGCCUACGCUUCUUUCAAACGGUCCAACGAGCGUCGAAGUACAAGGCCGCUGGAUCGUGGAUGCUAUCAAGCAGAUUGAACGGCAAGGACUCAAAUAUAUCAAUCCGACGGAUGAUGCGAGUAAGAAGUGGAAGGUGCGCAUCAAUGAGCUGAGCGACAAGAGUCUGUUUCCUACGACCAAGAGCACGUAUAUGGGUGGAAGUAUGCCGGGCAAGGCUUUUGAGCAGGUCAACUAUGCUGGGGGGUUGCCGGCGUAUGCGGAUGAGAUUAGGGCCAAGUUGCCGAACUUUGAGGGGUUCGAGAAGGUGAAGAAGUGA